CUAAUGCUCAGCAUCUGACUUAAUGGAGUUUAUGUGAAUUGGAUAUAUUUGAGUUGGUAUAGUUGGCUUAUUGUUCAACUCUUGUAGCCAUUCAACCUAUCCAUAGGCCAUAACAGACCAAAGUGUUUUUUUUUUUUUUUUGGGGCCUCAACUCUGAUUCAACGUUGCUAAUUCAAAUCUCACUAAAGUUUUGGCACUAGCUGCAGCACUCUAAAUUUGUGCAAUUUACUUCUUUUUAGUAAAAUAGAGUGAUCCAUCAGUUGCUGUGUCAUGGUCCCAAUAAAUUGUUAAUUAAUUGCUUGCACUUUUCCAUCCAAGAUUAAGUGGUUUUAGAUUAUAUUUUAGAGGAUUUAAUAUUGUCUUUUCUCCAAUGUGAUCAUUAAUGGAUGUCAUGGCUGUUAUUUGUUUACCUGAUCAUUGGUACUAUGUUUUCUCCAUGUUGCCUGAGGGACUCUCUAACCUUAUGGCAGCAAGUUUGCUUGAAGAAUUGGCCAUUGGGGAUUUCUUUGUACAAGGAUGGGAUUAAUGGAGGUUAUAUGAAUGUAUAUUACCUGCUGGUUCCUCAAUAGGAUACAAUGCGGCUGUGCUGUGGAAUCGGAUCCUCUUAGAGUUGGCAGAAAGGAAUUCGCCUUUGUUUCAAUAAAUAUGAUUCAAAUAGAGGUUUGCUAUCAUUUUCACCUACUUUGAUAUUUCCGUUUGUACAAUUCAACCAUCUGUUCAAUUGAAACCCAGGACAUUUAAUUGUUUGAUAUAUAGUUGAAUUCAACUUUCUCCUGCAGAAGCCAAUAAUCUGCUUUUUGUGGAAUCCCUGGUUAGAGUUGUGUUUUAAACCAAUAUGCCUUCUACCGUCACCAAGUUUUUGGGUUUAUAUGACAAGACAGAGUUUCUCUUGGACUUAGCCGACGGUGCCCAUAAUUUCCUAUUGAACUGGCCACGGAGAUAUCCACCAAUCAAAACCCAAGAUUUCUUCAUGACCUGUUAUGUGAGACCAAACCAGAAGCCGAUUAUUAUUAUGAUUGUAGUGCCUUGCCAAGAUAUGCUUGGACCUGUUAUGUGAGACCAAACCAGCUCUACUUCAAAGCCAAACAAGUGUAGUCUUCAAAGGCUCCAUACUAACUUGCCUGAACCCUGUUGAGUGCAACAAUUACAUGAACAAAGUCUUUGAAGAAUAUACAACCCUGAGGAGU